AUGGCAGACCCCAUGCAGGAAACCGAAGCCAUGGAGUUAGACGACGAGCCCGAGGCAGAGGUGCGAGAUGGCAUGCCCGAGUUCCUGGAAAAAAUGCUUCACCUCACCGCAGGGCAUCGGAAGGAAACGAUCGACGGAGCCAAAGAAUUCCUGAAAAAGGAAUUCCCCGAUUGGGAGAGCGGCUGUCGCUGGGAAUAUUCAGCAGCUCUCCUGGGUUCGCCUGUGUUCCCUGCCACAAGGUUCAUCGGAGCCUGGUGUUUCCAAGAAAGCAUAAACAACCGCAACGUGGGCUGGCUGAUCGAGGAGACCGCGAAGCUCCUUCGACACCCGGCCGAGGAGGGUUCCAACCCCGCGAUCCCCAUCUUCGUCCCUCCCCACCUCAGGUCGGCCAUGGACUGGGUGCGGACGGCGGACGCGUCGCGGGACAAGCGGAGGGUGAUCGCGGGGGUCGCGGGCACGGGGAAGACGUGGAUUCUGACCGAGUCCGCCGCGAGGAUCCUGGCUGAGGAUUUUCGGAGCAGAGUGCUGGUGUUGUGCUUCAAUCGGCCGCUUGCGAUUUAUCUUCGGAACGAGAUUCACCGUUCGAUGAAGAAGAAACUGGGGGGGAGAUGGAAGCCCGUCGGUGGGUGUCGAGGCCCGAGUGUCACGGUUGAUACCUUUUUUGCCUUCAUGGGCUGGAAAGUCCCCGAUGCUCCAGACCCUGACGAAGAUUUCAACAGGAAAGAGGCUCUAAAGAAUGUGUUAAAAAUGCGGGGGGAAGACUUGAAAGCAAUAUAUGGCUCAUACAGUCACGUCUUCAUCGAUGAGUCCAUCAACUUGUGCUUUUACAAUUCCGUGGAUGAAGGCAAGUCGACGUCAUGGCUGGGUUUACUGGAGAACAUCUGGGACGAGACCGGAUGCUUUUUCCUAUCUUUCGAUUUGGAGCAAUGCGUAUAUUCAAAGAUCGAGGUGACAGACAGAGAAAGGGAAUAUCUUGGAGUUUCGCAGGAUCUGAAGCAGGUCAUCCGCAGUCCAAGCCUCGUGUGCGACAGUUUCCUCGCCCAUGCCAGCAAGGAAACUCGGGAGAAGAAGAUCCCAACACGAGAAUGCCCCCAGGUCCUGGGGAUGCCUGUGGUUUAUUGCGAACCGUAUCUCCGGCACGUGAGCUGGUCGGAUUGCGACGUACAGGGUAUCGAAAAUGUCGUCCGAAUCAUCGAGGAGUACGAAUUGAGAGAUGUGAAGGAAUUUGUGAUACUCACCGAGACGAGGCAGCUCGCCUCCUUCGUAGGAGAAGGGUUGAAAAGGGCUCUGAGUAAACUAAAGCACAGACAUUCCCUCUGCGACGCAGCGACCCUGGCUCGCAGCCACGGCAGCGCGAUGGAUGGCGAGAGGCGAAUCGUCGUCGAUACCGUUCGCCGCUAUCAGGGCCUGCAAGGAAGCGUCGUCAUCCUCUUUGGCCUUCCCUCGGGUCAGGAUCCCCUGAUGUAUCUAGGCAAGAGCCGAUGCUCUGGCUUCUUGUUCGUCGUGGGAACCGAAGGGGCCUGUGAAGAGAUGCGUCAGAAGGAAAAAGUUUACAAGAAUGAAGUCACUCCUAGCAUCUCUCGGAAAAGAAAGGAAGAACCGGAGGGUGCACCGUCUCUCAAAUGGAUCAAGAUCUGA